AUGGCUAAUGAUGAGGCCGAUGCUCUCGAUGUACUUGAAAAGGAAGCCAAGGAAUAUGACAAGGAUGCUGAAAUCGACCGCAUUCUCAAAGCGUUUAAACUCGAUGCCUACGCGGUGCUAGACCUCCAGCCUGGAGUCCCUGAAUCGGACAUCAAGAUCGUGUAUCGGAAGAAGUCCCUACUAAUCCAUCCGGACAAGACCAAGAAUCCUUUGGCUCCUGAGGCGUUUGAUCGGCUCAAGAAGGCACAGACCGCAUUACUGGAUGAGAAACAGCGCCAGCAUCUUGAUGAAUGCAUUGCAGAUGCAAGGCAACUGCUGAUCCGACAGCACAAAUACACGGUGGACUCUGAGGAAUUGAAAACAGACGAAUUCAAACAGGAAUGGCGGAAGAAGACGGUGGAAGUACUGGUGGAAGCAGAGGCCCGUAGGCGGCGACAGAUGAAGGCGAAAAUGCAAGAAGAGGGUCGUGAGAAGGCGAAAGAGGAUGCGCAAUUGGAGGAGAGAAAACGGAAACGAGACCAUGAAAAGGAAUGGGAGGAGACCCGAGAGCAGCGAAUAGGAAGUUGGCGCGACUUCCAGAAGGGUGUCAAGAAGGGCGAGGAGCAGAAAAAGAAAAAGAAGAUGAAGGUCCUGGGUUGA